CUGCUGUGCGGCUGGCGGCAGGGCCGGUAAGGGGCGGCGCCAGGGCACGGGUCCUCAGUCAAGUGACGCGGAGCAGCUGGCCCGCGCGCUGACUGCGGAGCGGAGAGGCCGGAGGAUGGGCUUGUGGGGGGUGUUUCGCAUUCUCUCUCUACUGGUGCCGCUGCUGCCGGGUACCGCGUGCGGCCUGCGCCUGCUGCCUACUGUUUUUGGCUUGAAUUUUCCCGAUCUUCAGUGUUUGGCGGUGCAGGCCAGGGGUGGGCAAGAGAUAGGCUGCAGGUGGCAGCCAGCGUUGCUGGAGGUCCGGCCGAACAAGCGGAGCCGACCUGGAAACUUCUGCUUGGCCACUGUCCUUUCUAAGGAACUCACCUUCCAGAGCCCGCCCACACAGAACUGGCAGGGGACCCUCUUAGGAGCAGAGACAAUGGCGAUCUUCAGGCAGCUGUCCCUGGGUACAAAGGCUGCCUUGGCUGCAGGCACGGUCUUCGUGUCCAUGAUUGUGUCCCGCUCCUAUCUGGCGGGGAGCCUUGAGCUCAGGGCCUGGCGUUGGCUGUUCCGCCUGCAGCUGGCCCUGUUUGCCAACUCGCUCAUGCUCAUUGGCUCCCUCUACAUCUGGCGUAGCGCAGUCAGCAACCUCAGCCACUCCCCUGCCGCAGAGUCCACCUGUUUUCAGCUUUGGAAGAUGGCUGUUGGGGCAUUUCUCGCCCUGGCCCAUUCCAGUUUCUUCACCAUGCUCUUUUUAGUGGCAGAGGAGCCCUAUCUCUUUUCCUUGGCAGCCUACUCCUGCCUCGGGGCCUACAUCAUCAUGGUCUUCUUUCUCUGUACCCUCAGUGGCAUGGAGCAGGCCUGCCAGCUCUUGGCAUGGCGCAGUGGUAGGGUUGUGGGCAGCCUUGACAAGACAAGGAAGCUGGCAGUCAGGCCGGCCCUGGCCGUGGCAGUGACUGCCGUGCUCAGCGUGGCUGGGCUCCUGAAUGCCGCUCAGCCUCCAGCUGUGAAAACCGUGGAGGUGCCCAUCCAUCAGCUGCCUCCCUCGAUGGACAGCCUCAAGAUCGUGCUCCUCUCAGACAUUCACUUGGGCCCCACAGUGGGCAGGACCAAGAUGGAGAUGUUUGUGAGCAUGGUGAACAUGCUGGAACCAGACGUCACAGUGAUCGUGGGUGACCUCUGUGAUUCGGAAGCCUCCGUCCUCCGCACAGCCGUGGCUCCUUUAGGUCAGCUCCACUCCCGCCUCGGCACCUACUUCGUCACGGGGAAUCACGAGUACUACACGUCAGACGUCAGCAACUGGUUUGCGCUGCUGGAAUCCCUGAACGUCAAGCCCCUUCACAACGAGAACGUGAAGAUCUCUGCCACAGGGGCCCAGCACGGGGGUGGUGAGGGGGAGGACUGGAUCUGCUUGGCUGGGGUGGACGAUAUCGAAGCAGACAUCCUGCACUACUCCGGCCACGGCAUGGAUCUCGUCAAGGCCCUGGGGGGCUGCAGCCCAGACCACACCACCAUCUUGCUAGCUCACCAGCCGCUGGCUGCCAAGAGAGCCCUGCAGGCUCGGCCAGAUAUUAACCUGAUUCUCUCUGGGCACACGCAUGCUGGGCAGAUCUUCCCCUUGAACGUGGCUGCCUAUCUCUUGAACCCCUUCUUUGCUGGCCUCUACCAAGUGGCCCAGACUACAUUUGUAUAUGUCAGCCCAGGCACGGCCUACUAUGGGAUACCCAUGAGACUGGGUAGCCGGGCGGAGAUUACAGAGCUUAUCCUGAAGCGGGCUCCCUGAAUCUGUCCCUGCCUCACGGCUUUUCGGUGCCCUUGCCCUUCACCAUCCAUCCCUCAUUAGAGUGGGUUGCCUGCUUUCCCCCCUCCAGCCUCUCCUGCCCAGCCCUGCCAAUACAUGCUCGGUCACAAGCCUGGCUUGAACAGUGGUUUGUGCUGGGGCUGCCUGUCAAGUCCAGGCUGGUUUACUCUGUAGGUGGCCAGUGGCUUCUUUAUAUGUAUCUGUGAGACUACUCAAGUCACAUGUAAGGACAAGCAUCUAUUUUCCACAUGAUGGGAAGUAAGCUCUGCUCCUCUGCAGAGCUCAGAAGGCUGAAUGGAAACGUGGGGCUGCUUGAAAGGGAUACCUCUAGAAAGCAGAACAGAGAGGAACACUGGCGUUUUUAAAACCCCUUUAGGACUUAGGCAGUUUUCAGGAUCAGUGAUCCAGAGCUUUCUGGGGAAAGGGCAGAGCAGAUCUGGGAGAGCAGGCAGGAGGGAGGCCCCGUCUGGCUGCUGGGGAAGAAUGUUUCCUUUUCCCUCUUGGUUCUGUCAGAGUCCCCGUUUAUUGAGGGCAUCAGCCAAACCCUCGGGGACGCAGGGCUCUGGCUGUUCCGGGCUCGUGUGCUGCUCUUUUAUCGCCUGUGCUCCUGGGCCUUGGGCUGGAAAGAAGCAGAAGCACAGUUGUAGGCAUUGGUAAUGCACUGCUGCUUAGGGAUUCAGAGGGGGUUUGCCUCCCUGGGCUCCUUUAAUCCAGUACUUGGGUGAGGUAAUUAGGGAUAGGCUACCUUUCCCUCCUCGAAGGUGAGAAAAAUGAGGCUGAGAGAAGCAGGGCGCUGGCAACAUGACAGGGUAUGGAGGGGACCCUUGGCCGAAAGCCAGGCCUUCUGCCUCCCUGUCCAUGGUCUGGUGCUUAAGGAGGGGCAUCUGAGACCAGUGAGUGCAGAGCUCAAACACAUGCUGCUGUGCCAAGAGAAUGAACAGGGCUCGAGAACCUGAGGGUCUCUCAGCCUGGAAGGGGUUUGGCUUGGUUCAGCGUAGGCUGGCUGUGACAUUGGCAGAAGAGUUGAGAAAGUAGACCCCCCCACCCACCUCCCAGAUUUGGGUCUGCGUUUUGUGAGAUGCUGAGGCACGCUCUCUACCAGGAGAAGUUGAGUUUGCUGGGGGAAGGGGCACAGUUUUGUACUCUUGCAGGGCUGGGAGACCUUCCCUCCCCCUGGGCCCUGGCUGUGGACUGCUGGGACUGUCUUCCCGGCUGGGUGGCUUCCACGCCAGCACCCUCCUGUCCAUCUCUCACCCUGUCCUGACCCCAUCAGCAUUGUCCUAGGGCCUGGACAUAGAACCAUAGCGCCAUGCUGCUGGGCUCUGGACCCUGGAGUGACCCGCUCCCUGCUGGCCAAGCCUCUUGUGCCAGAGGCAAGAGACCCUUCAGCCCUGAGGUAGCAGUCAGUAAGCUCUCCUGUUGGAAAAGGCCUCACUGAGAAGCCCAGGGACCUCGGCUCAGCACUGACUUUUUGUAACCGAGAGUCUCUCCAACGGGGAACAAAAACCCCACUCGGCCUGGAGAAGCUCAUCCUGCUGCUCUUUGGUCAGGUAGCAUUAGGGGAAUGACUUGACCUCACCAAGCCUCACUUUCCCUCACCCUAAAAUGAGGAUAAUUCUGUCUACCUCAGUAUUGUUCCACCAGGUUGGUAUUAAGAUGUGGAGUGAGGUACCUGUGGCCCAGGCGCACCGGAAGCGCUUGGUGGCGUUAAUAUUUAACCAUCACAGGGGCCAGCUGUGCUGGGCAGGGGGUGCCCAGGGAACGAAUGGAGUGGCCGAGCCUGGGGAAUGCUGCCUGUGGCUAGGGUCCGGUGAGGUGUCAAGGCAGCACCUGCUGGGGGUCUGUUUUUCUUGGCCUGUGCCACAGUAUCCUUGCACACACUGUGGCCUCAGGGAGUUCUUAUAUUUUCCUCCUGUCUUCCUGGUGUGUAACAGAAUCCUAGGCGCUCCUGGAGACCCCCUUUCUCGUUGGCAGGCAGACGAGGUACUAACAGUGAGCCUUCCAGGCAAAUUUAAAAUCAGUCUUUGCGUUGGGAUUUCAGCGGUUUCUUUGUUUUAUCCCCUUGUGCUUAAUCGUCCUGCAGCCAGGAGUAAGUUUCCGAACCCUCUCCUCCCUCCCUUGUGACCUGAUCCCAUUUUCUGGAUCAUUCCAGUUGACUUUCCAGCUCUCUAUUGCUUAGAUUUCACCAGACUCCUUGCUGCCAUUUAUCUUCCAGCCUUAGGUGCCGCUGGUGGCGGUUGACCUUUCUGGAUAUUCUUCAUCUGUGUUCUGAGCUGCCUGAGAUUAGCUUCCUUCUUUACUGUUUAUCUUGCAUCUUUGUCUCCUCUUUCUCCCAAGUACUGUCAUUUUGCGGUCUUGUGUACCCUCACUCUUGUUCUGAAGUCCUUGCUUGCCUGAUUGUUUUCAACUCCCAGAAGUAAGACAGGUCCUUCCUGUGUGUCCUGGUAAGACUGAGCAGCACCUUUUCCUGCAUGGUUUAGAUCCCGUGGUGAGGUGGAAUUGUUCCCAGCGGAAGCUGCUCCAUUACUGUGCAGAUGUGGCCCUGGUGGGCCACUCUCCGCGGCACCCUUUGCUCCUGUUCCCUCUUCCUCGAUCACUCACUUUCUUUGUUUUGUUCGUGUGUGGCUGGGGAGGUGGUGAGGAGCAUACACUGGAAGCUUGGGAAGUCUUUCAGUUUCCUUUCAGUUUUUCUUUUAAUUUGUUAAACUCAAAAUGAAGCAUAAUGCUUUUUAAAAAUUAACAGCAGCUGUAGUUUGGGUCUAGGUUUCGUGAGAAACUUGUUAUAAAAUCUUAAUAAGUUAAUGCUGAAAUAUAUGACAGUAUAUUUCACAUAUGUCUGUUUUUAUGCCAAUACUGCACUGUAUUGGUUACUGUAGCCUUGUGAUAUUUUUUGGAAUCAGGAAUUGUGAGUCUUCCAACUUUGUUCUUUUUCAAGGUCAUCUUGGGUACUUGGGGUACCUUGAAAUUCCAUAUGAAUUUUUCUAUUUCUGCAAAAAAAUGCAGUGGAAUUUUUUUUUUUAAGUUUUUUUUAUUU